AUGCCUACUAUUCGCAGCCUUGCUGUUUCGGCCAUCCUGGCUCUUCUUGAAUGUGCUAAUGCUCAGGAUACCGUCGGGUUUGGUCCUGCCUUCUCCCUUGGCCCCGUUUCAUCUUCCUCGUGGAUUCGUGAAGCCGUUACCACUUUGGAACUUCCCAAAGUACCCUCACCAGUCGCCGAUCGCCUCGCACUCUGGCCCGGUAUGGGCACUAGUGGCGGAGAUCUUGUUCAGGCUUUGGCAGUCUCGUUCUCAGAUCCUAAUGCGAACUGUGGGGCCACAGCUGGACAGUGGUGCACAUGGGCAAGUACCUUGACAGACGAACAACUUGGAGGUAUCCAAGUCCCAGCAAGCGCAGGAGACCAGUUAACCAUGCACUAUAAAUAUAACGACAGCACUGGCAAAUACGAUCAGACAGUCGCAAUCAAUGAUUCAAUUAUCUCCAGUCUCUCCACCAAGGUCGGAGAGGCCCAAGGCUGGGGCACGGCCGUUGAGUGUCAAGACUCGGCCUGCAAAAGUUCUGUGCCAGCGCACAAAUAUCUAUCGACCAAAAUCAUUCUUGACUCUGCUGAUGAGUCUUUCGGCGAUACUCUGGUCCUCACCGACGCUACCUCGAGCGGCUUGACCACCUCCGAUGGUGGCAUCACCUGGGUCGUGACAACAAUCAACAUCGAUGCGCACACCUUCGACGUGUAA